AUGGCGAGAGUUCUAGUCUCGUCUCCAUCUUCACUCUUCGGUUCUCCUUUAAUCAAACCGUCGUCCUCUUCCCGUCAAUUCCUACCAUACCGGAGUAACAAGCUUUUCACAACUGUACGUUUCAGCUUGAACGAGAUUCCUCCUCUCCAUGGCUUGGACUCAUCGGUCAACAUCGGAGAAAUUCUCACCAGAGCAGAGUCUCUCUUUUAUACAAUAGCCGACGCCGCCGUAGUCGGAGCCGAUUCCGUUACCGGGACAACUGAUUCCGCCGUGCAGAAGAGUGGCGGUUGGUUCGGAUUCAUCUCCGAUGGUAUGGAGUUGGUGCUUAAGAUUUUGAAAGAUGGACUUACGGCGGUUCAUGUGCCGUAUGCUUAUGGAUUUGCGAUUAUUUUGCUUACGAUUAUUGUUAAAGCAGCGACGUAUCCUUUGACAAAGCAACAGGUUGAAUCGACGCUGGCGAUGCAAAAUCUUCAACCCAAGCUUAAAGCCAUUCAACAACGUUACGCUGGCAAUCAGGAGAGAAUACAACUAGAGACGUCGCGUUUGUAUAAACAAGCUGGUGUAAAUCCAUUGGCAGGUUGCUUACCAACUUUAGCCACCAUACCAGUUUGGAUUGGUUUAUACCAAGCUCUCUCCAACGUUGCCAACGAGGGUCUCUUUACAGAAGGUUUCUUUUGGAUUCCCUCUUUAGGUGGACCAACAAGUAUAGCUGCUCGGCAGAGUGGUUCCGGCAUCUCAUGGCUUUUUCCCUUUGUGGACGGGCAUCCACCAUUGGGGUGGGGUGACACAGCAGCGUAUCUUGUUUUGCCUGUUCUCCUUAUUGUUUCCCAGUAUGUGUCAAUGGAGAUUAUGAAGCCUCCUCAGACAGACGAUCCUGCUCAGAAGAAUACGCUUCUCGUUUUCAAGUUUCUACCACUCAUGAUCGGCUACUUUGCAUUGUCUGUCCCAUCAGGGUUAUCUAUCUACUGGUUCACAAACAAUGUACUUAGCACCGCCCAACAAGUUUGGCUGCGUAAACUAGGCGGUGCAACGCCUGCAGUAAGUGAAAAUGCAAGCGGGAUAAUAAGUGCGGGACGAGCAAAGAGAUCUAUUGCUCAGCCUGACGAUGCUGGUGAAAGAUUUAGACAAUUAAAAGAGCAAGAGAAGCGCAGCAAGAAGAACAAAGCAGUUGCGAAAGAUACAGUUGAGCUGCUAGAAUCUCAGACCGAAUCAGAAGAAGGGUCGGAUGAUGAGGAAGAAGAGGUUCGUGAAGGAGCGUUAGCUUCGAGCACAAGCAAGCCAGUUCCUGACGUUGGGCAGAGAAGAAGCAAAAGAUCGAAGCGGAAGCGCACUGUAUAG